CUGGUCCGUGGUCUGACAUGAGGCUCCCCUUCUACUCCGGCCAGUCCCAGCGUCCCGGGCCGGGGUCUCCCCUCCCAGUCUGUGUUGGACGGGGGCGCUGAGGCGGUGGCCGGGCCUGUCUGAGGAAGAGGGUGGGGCACAGUCUAAGACAACCAAUAAAAGAGCAGGAAGCCACAAUUGGCGGCCAUGAGCGCUAAUAGGAGAUCGCCUUUACCUUACGGAGUGCCGCCCUCUUCUCUUCUCCCGCCUCCUUCCUUUUGGAGGAAGGCGGGGCCAGAGGACUGAAGUGUGGGGAGAACUUGGGCUCUGCUCUGCUUUAUGAAAUAUGGGAGACGACAGACCGUUUGUGUGCAAUGCCCCGGGCUGUGGACAGAGAUUUACAAACGAGGACCACCUGGCAGUCCAUAAGCACAAGCAUGAGAUGACACUGAAAUUUGGCCCGGCCCGGACGGACUCGGUCAUCAUUGCAGAUCAAACGCCUACUCCGACUAGAUUCCUAAAGAACUGUGAAGAGGUGGGGCUUUUCAAUGAACUAGCUAGUUCCUUUGAACAUGAAUUUAAGAAAGCGACAGAUGAAGAUGAAAAAAAGGGUGCUCCUGGGCCUCUUGACAUGACUCUGCCUUCUACACCAGACAUCAAAAUCAAAGAAGAGGAGCCAGUGGAGGUAGACUCAUCACCCCCCGACAGUCCUACCUCUAGCCCCUGCUCCCCACCACUGAAGGAGAAGGAAGUUGCCACAAAACCUGUUGUGAUUUCUACCCCUACACCCACCAUCGUACGUCCUGGCUCCCUGCCACUCCACUUAGGUUAUGAUCCACUUCAUCCGACUCUUCCUUCCCCAACCUCUGUCAUCACACAGGCUCCACCAUCUAACAGGCAAAUGGGAUCUCCUACUGGCUCCCUCCCUCUCGUCAUGCAUCUUGCUAAUGGACAGACCAUGCCUGUGCUGCCAGGGCCUCCAGUACAGAUGCCUUCUGUUAUUUCGCUGGCCAGACCUGUGUCCAUGGUGCCCAACAUUCCUGGUAUACCUGGCCCACCAGUCAACAGUAGUGGCUCCAUUUCUCCAUCUGGCCACCCUAUGCCAUCAGAAGCCAAGAUGAGACUAAAAGCCACUCUGACCCACCAAGUCUCUUCCGUCAAUGGAGGUUGUGGGAUGGUGGUGGGUACUGCCAGCACCAUGGUGACAGCCCGUCCAGAGCAGAACCAGAUCCUCAUUCAGCACCCUGAUACCCCAUCCCCUGCCCAGCCACAGGUCUCUCCAGCCCAGCCCACCCCUAGCACUGGGGGGCGGCGGCGGCGCACAGUAGAUGAAGAUCCAGAUGAGCGUCGGCAGAGAUUUUUAGAGCGAAACCGAGCUGCAGCCUCCCGAUGCCGCCAAAAGCGGAAGCUGUGGGUGUCCUCCCUGGAAAAGAAGGCAGAAGAACUUACUUCUCAGAACAUUCAGCUGAGUAAUGAAGUCACAUUACUACGAAAUGAAGUGGCUCAGUUGAAGCAGCUUUUGUUAGCUCAUAAAGACUGCCCUGUCACUGCACUACAGAAAAAAACUCAAGGCUAUCUAGAGAGUCCCAAGGAAAGCUCAGAGCCAACGGGUUCUCCAGCCCCAGUGAUUCAGCACAGUUCUGCAACAGCCCCUAGCAAUGGCCUUAGUGUUCGAUCUGCAGCUGAAGCUGUGGCCACCUCGGUCCUCACUCAGAUGGCCAGCCAAAGGACAGAACUGAGCAUGCCCAUACAGUCACAUGUGAUCAUGACUCCACAGUCACAGUCUGCGGGCAGAUGAUGCCUCCCAUGAUGGAGAAAUCCCCAACCAGAGCUCGCCCGCCUGAGCCAAGAGAGAGAUCAACUUACCCCUCCCAUCUGCCUUAGAUGUGGCAGUAUGGGAGAGGGAGAAAUUGUGUGUUGUGAGUAUGGACAGAUGUGGGGCUUUUCUCUUUAGCCACAUGAACAUGUACGCUUGACACCUGUACUAGGGCUUCUGGCCCCAAAGCCACACAGAUCACCCCCCAAGUGUGGGGUUUCUUAUGUACCUACAGCCAAAGGCCUUUCCAUAUGGUCCGAGCAAUCAUCCCCAGCCCUGAUGCAUGUGUACCUGUCUUUUAACACUAACCCUUGCACUUGUAGGUUUGGGGUUCUCAGUGUCCUCUCCUCCCAUUGAGCUGUGGCUGUUAUCUUCUUAUUCCUUACUAGCAUGCCACUUCCUACCAGAUAGAGGGAGACGAGAUUCGAUGGCGUGUUGCUUGCUGUCCAACCCCAGCCACCCCAUGCACUCAGGACUUUGUCUCCCCAUAGCUGCUUAUUUAUCUCUUCCCCCUUCCUAAAUUGCAGUGAAGCAUUCACUUAUUGAGAAUGUAUGAAGCACCAGUAUCUCCACCUCUUCCAUGUGCUCUAUUCCUUAUUACUAUCUGCUACCAAAAACAAACACAAACAAAAAAAAAGCAAAACUCUGAAUGUUUGAAUCAUUUUUCAUUUCCAAAUCUAUUGGGUACCUCAUUUUGUCUCUUGACUUUCCUUGGUCGAAUGGUGGGGUUUUUCCUACUUCCCCACCAUGCCUUGGGAACCUCAUCUUGUGGCCUUAUUGUUAGUGGCAAUGAAAAGGGAGAGAGCCUGGGAUCUAAUGGGGCUUCCCUGUCUCCUUCCCUACCUUCCCGUUCUAAUCAGGGCAGACAGGAACAGUGUAACUUAAAACUUGUUCUUAAAACUUGUUCUAUCAGGUUACUGGAUUAACUAAUUCUUUUAUGUUUUAUAAUAGCUUACUGUCUAACAUCUGCAUAUUGUCAUCUUUGGUCAUCUAUGGGCUCUUUCCUCUCCUCUUUGUUCCCCUGCCUACGUCACUCCUUUCUAUCAGCCUCCUGCAGGUCAUCAGACAGGAGCUGCUUUCGCUCUCUGUUCCUUGUUUCCCCCACAGCUCUCGGUUUCCCUUCUUUUUUACGACAUGGCUUGUGUCCACCAGUGUCCAUCACCCUUGUCUUCCCCACCUUCUCUCUCAGCAGGGUCCUGGCCUAGCCACUAAGGUGUUUCUAGUAAUAAAAUUUCUUUGAACUUGGUUAUUUGUUCUCUGCCCCUCAAAUGUAGCGCUUGUCCGAGGCACAGGCUCCAGGGCUCUGAAACAUUGUGGCCAAGGUCCUGAGUGGCUUUUGAGUGUAAGAGUGUAGAGAGAAUAGGAAAGUGUGUCAUCUCAUCAGAGUACUCAGGACACGGACUGUCUGUCUGGGAGAUUGGUGAGUGUAGCUAUUGGCUACUGUUAUUUGGUGGGCUCCAGGGAGAGAAAUGCAUCCUCCUCUUUCUCAUCUUUCCUUGGCUCUGAACUGUGAAGUCUCUUUCAGAGCCAGAGCCCUGUGGAUAAAUAGGUCAGCUUUAAUAGCUUUUGAGUUGAAAACCCUCCCAGCUGUACCAGAGCCACCUUCUGCCAUCUGCUCCACCAAGAGUCUUCUUUGCUGCCUCCAUCUUAAAUGUACAGAAUACCUGCUUGCUUCCUUUUUUUAUUUUAGCUCCCAAAAUUUAUUGUCAUGGAGGAAAGAGAAAAUGUUCUACUUUAUAUGAUUAUUUCCUCAGAGUUUAGAUUAGUGAGCCCAUCCUGUAACAUGUUCUGCUGCAUUGUAUCUAAGUUUUCCCUCCUCCUCUUUAGAGUCAGUGCUGAACAAGCCACACCCAGUGGGGGGAAAACAAAACAAAACAGGAGAUGGCUUUCUCAUCCUCUACCACCAGGGACUCAACAGGAACAGCCCCUGAGGUGACAAGGCUAGCAAAGGCUACCAGAUGGUCAGGGGCAGGGUAUUGUCUCCAGGGAUUUCACCUGGCUUUAGAAACUCAGAGCUGUGUUUGUGUUCAGGACUUCUUUAGAUGGCUGCUUCCUGGGAUUUGUUUUUCAUGUUUAUAAAUUUUGUUUCUUUUUUGUUUUUCUUUUUUCAAGACAGGGUUUCUCUGUAUAGCCCUG